AUGAUUUUUCCAGAAACUUAUGAAGGUGGCAAGAAAUUUGUUUUGAAGAUUGACUAUGUAUCAACAGGUGGCCCUGGAGUGUGUUGGCUGGAUCCAGCCCAAACUGCAGGCAAGGUGAAGCCAUACAUGUACACUCAAGGUCAGGCCUCAUGCAACAGGUCAUUCUUUCCUUGCCAGGACACUCCUGCUGUCAAAUGUCCAUAUUCAGCCACUGUCAAGGUGCCAAAGGGUUUCACUGCAGUAAUGAGUGCCAGUGAGUCCAGAAAGGAGGCUACAGCAGAAGAUGACCAUGAGACAUUUUUCUUCAGUCUCCAGCAGCCAGUCCAGUCCUACCUUGUUGCUCUGGCUGUGGGUGACCUGGCCAGUGCCGAGAUUGGACCACGUAGUCGUGUGUGGACAGAGCCCUCUAUGCUGGAAAAAGCAAAAAAUGAAUUUGAUGGAGAAGUGGAAAUUUUUCUCAGCAAAGGGGAGGAGUUGUUUGGACCAUAUCAGUGGGGAAGAUAUGACCUGCUUGUUAUGCCGCCAUCUUUCCCAUAUGGAGGAAUGGAGAACCCUUGCCUAACAUUUGUAACCCCCUGUUUACUAGUUGGAGACAAAUCACUGACUGAUGUUGUCAUUCAUGAGAUAUCCCACAGUUGGUUUGGAAAUCUUGUUACCAAUGCCAAUUGGGGAGAGUUCUGGUUGAAUGAGGGUUUCACCAUGUUUGCUCAGAGGAGGAUUAUGGAGGAAUUGCCAGGUCUGGGGAAAGCUUACACCUGUCUUGAAGCUACCACAGGGCUGGCAUUGCUACGGCAACACAUGGAUGACACUGGAGAGGACCAU